CGUCCAAAAGGGUCACGACUUACUGCGAACAUCGACUCAGCCAUUUUCGCCGCUGCGCCCUGCAUUAUUGAACAUGGACUCUGGGGCUUUGACGCGACGAACCGCCCGCCUCCAAGCAAGCCCUCGGCUGCCGCGGGCGCCAGUCUCGCUGCCGGCUUGGCGCAUCCAGCCGCGCACCUCGCGCUACGUGGCUGCGCUCGCCUCGGGCGGCGGUGACGGCGGUGCGGGCAAGGGCCCCAGCGGCGGUGGUGGCGGUGGCGGUGGCGGUGAUGGCGACGGCAAGGGCAAGGGCGAUGACGGCCACAACUCGGGCGACAAGGGCCCCCAGAAGGGCGGCCUGUUCCGAGGCUGGGAGGAGCGCGUGGCUUACGAUUCCGAGUUUCCCAUUAAGGUGCUGAUGGAGCAGGUGAUCGGUGUGGGCGCGUGCGUCAUCGGCGACAUGAGCGCGCGACCCAACUGGGGCCUGAACGAGCUGGAUCUCAUCUUCGCCACCCUGGUGGUUGGCUCCAUCAUGAACUUCACCAUCAUGUACCUGCUGGCGCCCACCGCCGCCGCCGCCGGCAGCGCCGCCGCCACGCCGCUGGUUGCACGCCUCAUUGGCGACCACUACCUCAAGGCCUGGGGCGCGCCCGGCGGCAACUGCUUCGAGGCCGGCCCCUUCAGCCCCGUGCAGCGGCUGACCAACCUGGUGUACAAGGGCGCGGUGUUCGCGGUCAUUGGCUUCUUCGCGGGCGUGGUGGGCACCAGCCUCAGCAACGGCCUGCUGGAGCUGCGCAAGAAGGUGGACCCUAGCUUCACCACCCAGAACGAGCCGCCCAACGUGUUCGCCAACGCCUUCACGUGGGCGGUGCACAUGGGCGUGUCCUCCAACAUCCGCUACCAGGCGCUGGGCGGGCUGGACGCAGGGCUGGUCAAGGUCAUGCCCGUGGGGCUGUUCCGACUGUACCAGGCGGUCAUCCGCGGAGCGAACAACGUGGUGGGCGGCAUGUCCUUCGCAACCCUGGCGCGCAUCCUGGGCACCCAGAAGGCCGCAGCCUAGGGGUGCUGCUAGGAGAGCUGCUACGAUGACACGUGGAGCUAGGACGAUGACAGCAGCAGCACUGGCAGGGGGGCGGAGGGAGCUGGGAGGGAAGGCAGCGGCGGAGGCUGCUGCGCCUCGUGGGGCGCGCGGGCGGCAGCGGCAGCGAUGUGAGGCGACAGCCGCCGGGCAACGGAGUGCUGGAUGCUGUGCUGUGGUGGAGCAUUGGUAUUGCAGGUGCAAUAAAGCAGCGUGGUGGUGAUGAAUUUGAGAAGAAGAGUUGGGCGUUGGUGGGGUUGGUGAUGGGGGGCUUGCGCUGUACGGCCGGGCGCAAAUAAGGGCGGCUGCCUGUUGUGGUAGUGCGCGGGUGAUUUGGUUUACGUGGCGAGUCAACAAGUACGAAAUGGACAUGCCGUAACACCAACAUUGAGGUUGAUGGCGAUUCUCGUGCUUCGACGACCGUGGAGAGCACGCGGGGGAGAGAGAAGAACUCCUACGGUACUAGUGAAGUACGACAUGUACCAUGACAAUUCAGCAGCUUUCGUGCGGUAGUGUGCAUCAUGUUCACUUCGUGAGGCAUGACGCUUAAAUGCGCAGCGCACGUUGCCCGCCUGCGCGCAAGACAUAGAAAGGAGAGACAAAGGCGAAGUACUUGGUACACACGCAAGCUCGCGCACUGAUGGAAUGGCGUGCAUCAUGGAGAGUGGGCGGCAUCGUUGCUCCGGGCCGGGUUGUCAUGACCUGCCGAACUGCAGAAGACGGCACUCUGGAACCUUGCCUGUAACAAGCAAGCCAAGGAGGAAGACACAAGCAAACCGUGUAGUGAG